UCAUGUGACGCCUGGAUGUUUCCUUCCCUUGCACUGUAGCAUUUGGUGUCUCUCGCUGCAGGAGCACUGGGUUGAAUCUCUCCUCUGAAACUGUGCAUAGCUUGGACUAAAGUUCAGACUAUGUUAUCAAACAGGAAUCCCCUUGAUUCAUUGUCUCUCUAAGGCAGGGGAGCUGGGAACACCCCCAGGAUCCGGGAACAGCUGAAAUGUUUCUCGCAGACAUUUGAGGCAGAAUCCAGAGGAAGAGAGAUCAGAGAGAGACUGGAGACCCCAACAGCCAUGGCCUCCUCCCUUUCAGGCUUGGACAUGCAAGAGGAAGUCAUCUGCCCCAUCUGCCUGGAGUACCUGACCGACCCGGUGAGCGUAGACUGCGGGCACAACUUCUGCCGAGGCUGCGUCACCCAGUACUGUGCGGAAUGGGCGGGACGCGGAUCCCUGAUGUGUCCCGUCUGCAGAUCCCAAAUUCUGAAAGGGAACCUCAGGCCCAACUGGCAGCUGGGAAACCUCGUGGAAAAAAUGAAACACGUGGCUGUGUGCGCGAGGCACAAAAAGACCCUGGAUCUGUUUUGUGAAGAGGACAGGGAGGCCGUGUGUGUGGUUUGUGAGAGAUCCCUCCAGCACAGAUCUCACACAGUGCUUCUCAUAGAGGAGGCUGGCCAGAAGUACAAGGAAAAAAUCCAGGACCAUUUGAAGACUCUGACGGAAGAGAGAGAAAAGCUGCUGGGAUUUAAAGUGACUGGAGAGGGGAAAAGCCGGGAGUAUCUGAAACAAACACAAACCGAGAGGCAGAAGAUUGUGUCUGAAUUUCAGCAACUGCGGCAGUUCCUGGAGGAACAAGAGCGACUCCUGCUGGCCCAGCUGGAGAAGCUGGACGAGGAGAUUGUGAGGAUCCAGAAUGAAAAUGUCACCAAACUCUCCGAGGAGAUUUCCCAUCUCAGUGAGCUGAUCUGUGAGAUGGAGGGGAAGUGUCAGAAGCCAGCGAGUGAAUUCCUGCAGGAUGUCAGAAGCACCUUGAGCAGGUGUGAGAAGUGGAAGUUCCAGCAGCCGGUGGAAACUUCUCCUGACCUGGAAAAGAGACUCAGUGUUUUGUCUCAUAAAAAUGUUGCUUUAAUGGAGACUCUGAGGCAGUUCAAAGACACUCUGCCGUCGGAGCUGGAGAGCAAAGGAUGGAAAUGCCUAGGAUCACAGAGAGAGGACACUCUGCCAUCUGAACUGGAGCAGGGAAGGGGAAAAUAUUUGGGAUCACACGCCAACGUGCACAUGACUCUGGAUCCAGACACGGCUCAUCCCCAACUCGUCCUGUCUGAGGAUAGGAAAACCGUGAGAUAUGGACGCCUAUGGAACAAACUGCCCAACACGACCAAGAGAUUUGAUUACGAGCGCUGCGUGCUGGGCAGUGAGGGAUUCACCUCAGGGAGACAUUGCUGGGAGGUGGAGGCAGGGGAGCGAGGGGGCUGGGCCAUGGGGGUGGCCAGAGAGUCUCUGGGGAGGAAGGGAGAGAUCAGCUUUAACCCUGAGGGGGGGAUCUGGGCUAUGGAGUACUGGGAGGGUCAGUACUGGGCUCUCACUGACCCCCUGACUCCUCUGCCCCUGAGCCAGGUCCCCAGGAGGAUCUGGGUUUAUCUGGACUACAAACAGGGGCAGGUGGCAUUUUUUAAUGCCGAUAACGAAUCCUUGAUCUUCACUUUCCCGCCGGCCUCUUUUGCUGGGGAGAGAAUCCGUCCUUUCUUUGUGGUCUGGGAAACCGAGUCCCAGCUCAGACUGUGUGCCUGAGACCUGGAGAAGGGGAAUAAAAAAAUUCAAACAAGUUCAGGGAGGACAGGUCCCUCAAUGGUAAUUAGCCAGGAUGGGCAGGGACACAACCCCAUGCUCCGGGUGUCCCUAAGCCUCUGACUACUAGCAGCUGGGACUGAACAACAGGGGAUGGAUUGCUCAAAAUGGUCCUGUUCAUUUCCUCUUAAGCAUCUGCAGCAUCGGCCAGUGUCGGAAGACAGGAUAUGGGCUAGAUGGACCAUUGGUCUGACCCAGUAUGGCUGUUUGCUCCCAGUAAGAUCAGAGCAUAUCAAAUGAGCUGCUCUAGCCUUAAACAUCCCACUCUCUGUGACCCUGGAGGACUCCCAUCUCUCCUAGCCCCCAGGCUCCUUUUCUCUGUCACCCUGGCAGUAACAAUGUCUCGGUGUGUCUAGUCUGGGCUGUCAAAACUAUAGAGGGGUGUGAUCUGCAUAGACAAGCCUAUCCCAUCGCAGCCAGGGUCAGCCACCCCGUCUGUCCCUUGCUCUGUGGCUCUGGACCAGCGGUUCUCAACCUAGUUACCAUUAUAGGCCACAUAUGCAGCUCUCUAGAGCUUAUGUGGGCUGCAUCCACACACUAUAUAUGUACACACCAUGUGCCUGGCCCUGAGGAUGUCACAUGGGCCACAGCUGUGUGCUGAUUGGGCUGCAGGUUGAGAACCUCUGCUCUGAGCUGAGGUAGGGAGACCAAGGGAUGGGGAGGGUGAUAUAGGGACUGGAGAAGGUGACGUUGGGGCCCUGGGGAGGAGUUGCAGUGGGGGCACCUGGAGAGGGUGAGCUGGCUGUGGGGAUGGGAGUAGCAGGGACAGGGCAGAGGGGAGAGAAGAAAUGAGAAAAGGAAUUAAAGUAAAAAAGACAAUAUGGAGAAUUGAGAGGAAAAGGGGGGGUUGUUACAGGGUCCACUCACCACUGGGGUGCCUCUGCCUAAUAGCUCCACUUUGGUGCUGGGAUGUUCUCUGGCAGUCUCCCCCUGUCUCUGCAACUCCAGCUGCCCCUUCUCCCCAACUUGGCCCUCCGGCUAGGUCACCUUGUGGGUCUCCCCCUUCCUGGGUACCCAAGUCUUCCAACGCAAAUUGUCCCAGGCGGUCUGCUCUACAUUGCCUGGUUUGUGCCAGUGGCUGGUAGGGGAACCCGGGCCCACCCUGUCAUUUGCCUUGCUGCUUUUCCCCUGAGCCUUUCCUGCCA